AUGACUAGUGUAGACAAAGAACAACUCACGAUCCCCGAAACGCAUCCCUACAGAUGUGUUCCAUCUGUAAGGGAUGGUCUGAUCCCGACACAACGUAAAAUACUCCACACCCUUCUCCAACAGAAGUCUGGAAAGGAAAUCAAAGUCGAUAAACUGGCCUGCAAUGUAUCAGUGUUCUACACGCGUGAUGUCGAUCAAUUCGAGAUCCAGAAAGACAUCAUCAAGCUUGCGCAAAACUUCGUCGGAGCAAACAACAUCAACUAUCUAAAACCGGAAGGAUGGUUCGGAUCUCGUCGAGAAGGUGGUCAAGAUGCCGUCAGUGGAAGAUACAUAUACACCCAACUGUCUGACGUGACACGCUCAAUCUUUAUAGAAGAGGACGAUUGCCUCUUGGUACGUCGUGUGCGCAAAGGCAAAACGGGAGAGCCAAGGACCCUCAUGCCAGUCUUGCCUAUGAUUCUUGUUAAUGGAUACGAGGCUAGUGGUCAAGGUUGGCAAACACGCAUUCCUCCUUAUAACCCCAGAGACAUCAUUGAGAAUCUUCGAAGGAGGAUGAGAGGAGGUUCCAAGGAUGGUAUGCAGUCCAUGCAGCCAUGGUUUCGCAACUGGACUGGUCAUGUAGAAACAAUUGACCAGGGUCAGUACUCUAUGAAAGGCGAGAUGCACAAAACUUCUGAAAGCGUCAUGGAGAUCACCGAGUUACCUCCUCGUCUAUGGACUCAAGACUUCAAAUCUGAGCUGGACAAGUAUAUCUCUGAACCCCAGUCGCAGAUCAGGAAAUAUACCGAGCAUCCAUCCAGCCAGGGUGUACGUUUUGUACUUGAGACGACCGAUCUCGAUAUGGACACUGCAGCUCAACGGAACCUAGAGGCGAGACUGAACCUUCUCAAAACUAUCACGACUGAUAGUCUCGUCGCCUUGGACGAAAGCGGGAAAGUCCAAAAGUAUGCCACAGAUCUCGACAUCCUGAAAGAGUUCUACCUCUUAAAGUUACAGACAUACAAGUCGAAAAAGUAUCUCCAACUCUCGGCUCUGAAGAAAGAUCUGACAAAAUGGACUGAUCAGUCGAAAUUCGCCAAACUGCUUCUGGAAGGAGAUCUCGACAUAUCUCAGGACCAGGAUACCCUUGCCGGAGAACUGAUUCAUCACGGGCUGAUACCCAUCGAAAACUUUGAUGAACUGAUCCCAACCAAGAAGAGAGAACGCGAUGCAGACAACAAACCUGCGGUGCCUGGCUACGAGCAUCUUUUUGAGAUGACUGUCGCUUCAAUGCUACCAGGUCCCAUGAAAGUUCUCGAAACAUCGAUAGCCAGCAAGAAAGCUCAGAUUGCAGAGCUUGAUCAGAUAUCUGUUGAAGAAAUAUGGGAAGCUGACCUGGUGGCUUUCGAGGGAGCUUGGAAACGACAGCUGGAACACGAUCGUCAAAAUCCUCCGAGAACCUGCAAGAGAUGCGGAGGGCUAGGCUGUGGAUAA